AAGAAACCCAGAAACCACUCAGGCUUGAUUAGAGUUCAAGUUUUAUGUUCAUACAAUGAGUACUGCAACAGCUUCAACAGCGGCGGCGGCAGCUGCUACAACGCAAACAAAAUUCAUAAAAUGCGUGACAGUUGGGGAUGGAGCUGUGGGAAAGACUUGUCUCCUUAUAUCUUAUACAAGCAACACUUUUCCAACUGAUUAUGUUCCUACUGUUUUUGAUAACUUUAGCGCCAAUGUAAUGGUUGAUGGGCAGACUGUCAAUUUGGGUCUCUGGGAUACUGCUGGUCAGGAAGACUAUAACAGAUUAAGACCUCUAAGUUACAGAGGAGCCGACGUGUUUCUUCUGGCUUUCUCCCUCAUAAGUAGGCCUAGCUAUGAGAACGUAUCCAAAAAAUGGGUGCCAGAGCUGAGACACUAUGCCCGGGCGGUGCCCAUUGUUCUUGUGGGAACCAAACUAGAUCUAAGAGACGACAGACAAUUCCACUUGGAUUACCCUGCGGCGUGUACUAUUUCUACCGAACAGGGUCUUGAACUAAAGAAGCAAAUAGGAGCAGUGGCAUACAUAGAGUGCAGCUCAAAGACACAACAGAAUGUUAAAGCUGUAUUCGACGCUGCUAUCAAGGUGGUUUUUCAGCCUGCGAAGCAAAGGAAACAGAAGAAGAGAGCAAGUAUAUGCCGUGUUCUCUAAACAAAUUCCAAGUGCAAAAGCAGUGUGAAG